AUGGGAAUCAAGGGGUUGACGAAGCUGCUGGCGGAGCACGCGCCGAGAGCCGCGGUGCAGCGGCGGGUGGAGGACUACCGCGGCCGCGUCAUCGCCGUCGACGCCAGCCUCAGCAUCUACCAGUUCCUCAUCGUGGUUGGAAGGAAAGGAUCAGAGCUUCUGACCAAUGAUGCUGGUGAAAUCACAAGUCAUCUGCAGGGUAUGUUGAACCGGACGGUAAGAAUGCUAGAAGCAGGGAUAAAGCCCGUAUUUGUUUUUGAUGGUGAGCCACCUGAAAUGAAGAAAAAGGAGCUUGCAAAAAGGUCCUUGAAGAGGGAUGAUGCUACCCAAGAUCUUAACAGAGCUAUGGAGAUUGGGGAUAAGGAUGCAAUUGAAAAAUUUAGUAAAAGGACUGUCAAGGUUACAAGAAAGCACAAUGAUGACUGCAAGAGGCUGUUAAGAUUGAUGGGCGUCCCUGUAGUUGAGGCACCAGGUGAGGCUGAAGCACAGUGUGCAACACUUUGUGAAAAUCAUCAGGUUUAUGCUGUAGCUUCAGAGGACAUGGACUCACUGACUUUUGGUGCCCGAAGGUUUCUUCGUCACUUAACUGACCUUGGUUAUAAGAAAUCUCCUGUAACAGAAUUUGAUGUAUCAAAGGUUUUGGAAGAACUUGGUCUCACGAUGGAUCAGUUCAUUGACUUGUGUAUCCUUAGUGGAUGUGAUUACUGUGAGAAUAUUAAAGGUAUCGGGGGACAGAGAGCCUUGAAACUCAUUCGUCAGCAUGGUUGCAUAGAAGAAGUUCUGCAAAAUCUGAACCAGACGAGAUUCAGUGUUCCAGAAGACUGGCCUUACCAGGAAGUUCGGACCUUGUUUAAGGAACCUAAUGUUUGUGCAGGAAUUCCAGAUUUCACAUGGACCUCACCAGACUCAGAGGGCCUUAUGGAUUUCUUGUCAAUAGAAAACAGUUUCAGUCCUGAUAGGGUAACAAAGGCAGUAGAAAAGAUAAAGGCUGCAAGGGAUAGGUAUUCCCCAGGCAGAUUGAAGCAUUUGACACCAGUUGCUAGCUUACCAGGAUCUCAUACUGAGAAGCCAGGAACCCAAAUGCAUACUAGGUUCUCCAGGGCAAAGUCUGAAGGUCAGGUCAUCUCCACAAUUCAUCGUCGACAUCUAAUGCUGGUUACCGCUACACCGGCUGACCUUUCCUUGCUGGCUUUCAAGGGUUUGAUACCUUUUGGCAAUAUCCUGAGUUUUCAGGAAGAGCUUUGGGCUGCUAUAAGUACAGCACCAGAAGCACCGGCUUCAACACCAUUCAUCGGAGAUUCAGAAACCUUCAAGUCCUUGCAUUUUGAAGGGCCCGAACGCCGGUGUCUUGCGAGUGCAAUCUGUUGCACGGUACUCGGCUGCAAUGGGGCCGUCUGCUGCUUCUUCAAACAGGCCAUCAAAAGGGUGCAGGGCCUCAACUUCCAACAACGUGGACGAGGGGGCCUUCGGGGGCUUCGCCACCGUCGAAGGGUCCAGGAUGGUCACUUGAUCCACUCUCUCAAGAGUGCGGGCGCCAUGCACGGACGAGAUGGUGGCCAUGGCCAUGGCAACAAGGAGGAGAGAGCUGUGAGGUUGGCAAGCUUGGCCAUUUCUUCACGGUUUGGUGAUGGUCGUUUAUUGUAUCUUGAUGACACUUUGUAUCCCUUCAGCGUUGGCAUCAAUCUAGCUUGUCGCAAAAACAUACAAGAUUACAUGCGGCACCAUCUGCAUAUUGAAGAAGGCCAUAUUGCAGAUAUGUGCCUGGACCUGUACAAGGAAUAUGGCACCACAAUGGCUGGCCUUAAGGCAUUAGGCUAUGAAUUUGAUAAUGAUGAGUUUCAUGCAACUGUUCAUGGUACCUUGCCAUAUCACAAUCUGAGGCCUGACCCUGUUUUGAGGACCCUCCUACUUUCAAUUCCACAGAGAAAAAUAGUAUUCACAAAUUCUGACAAAGCUCAUGCGGAGGAGGCUCUGCACAGACUGGGUUUACUGGGUUGUUUCGAUGGUGUGAUUUGCUUUGAGACACUGAAUCCUUGCAAUGGUCUGAGCGAGUUCCGGAACAGCACGCUGUUCCCAGAUGAAACAUCUCCCAACUUGGUUGAUCUGAAUGAAUCAGAUGGGUUCAGACCCAUAUCGCCUAUCCUUUGCAAGCCCUCCAUUGAAGCCAUGGAAGCUGUAAUUCGGAUUGCAAAUGUUGAUCCCAAGAAAACAAUAUUUUUUGACGACAGCACUCGGAACAUAGCUUCAGGAAAGGCCGCAGGCUUCCAUACUGUGAUUGUUGGCAGACCGACACUUGUUCCGGGGGCUGACCAUGCUUUGGAGAGCAUUCAUAACAUGAAGGAAGCUUUACCUGAGAUAUGGGAUGAUCAGGAUUGGUCUGAGUCGGAUGUUCUUCAUGCUUCCACUGCUGUCGAAACUGCGGUGGUUGCUUGA